AUGCUUUGUAUCGAUGUUACUUUGGGAAAUGUGGGAAAAGAUCACGUAGAAAAUAUAGCUCAUGCCAAACCCGCUGAAGCCAAGCAGUUGGCAAAUGGCCACAUCUCGCACCAAACUGCACUGCAGCUGGGAGGACCAUGCCUUACUGGUGCUGCAGUCAGGCAGCUGCAAAUGGCUGUAACUCUGUUCGAAAUAAAAGACAAAAUGCUCUUUUGUCCACGUAUAUUGUUGACUGGGUCUGCAGACCAAGGCCUCACAUCUCACUUGGCACCUGCAAUUUUGCAUAGGCUGGAGCAUCUGCCAGUUCAUCUCUUUGAUGUUACUACAUUGUGCAAAUAUAACAACCUCACAGAUUGUGGUUGUAUAGAGGCUAUUAUGUCACAAAGACUGGAAACAGUUAGAAUGCAGCAACCUUGCAUAAUGUACUUGCCGGACAUUACUGAGUGGUGGAACAUGGCUGGUGAUCUGGUGAGGUCAAUAUUUCUGAGAGUGAUGAAUUGUUUUGAUUCACGUACAGAGGUAUUGUUGCUGGCAACAGCACAUGUACCAUAUACUGAACUGCCUGAUUCUGUAUUGUUGGCAGUACCUUGCUGUAUGCAAUCACAGUAUCCUUGUAAUGGGUUAAGUUGUCUGAAAUAACAACAAUUGGGUGAUGAGAAC